GGGAAGUUCUGUCGUAAAAUUCAUUUUCUUUUUGUAAUAACCCAAAAGAAUCGCAGUAUUUGUGGUAUAAACUAAUGAACAAGUGAAAAUAUAUCAUGUACGCCAAACUUGCGGUAAAUGACGUCAUUACAGUGUUACCUGUCAACGUUCUUGUAUUAUAAUGGUGAACUCCUGUGCAGCGUUGGGUUGCACGGAAAAAUACGUUAAAGGAGCUGAACUUUCAUUUCACAGUUUCCCCGCAGAUGAAGUACGGAGGAAUGUUUGGACCCUUGCACUGAAAAGGAAGAAUUUUAAAGCAACCAAGUACACAAAAAUAUGCAGUAAACAUUUUUCAUCAGACUGUUUCGAAACUGUGGCCUUUGGUUCCGGAAGAAAACUGAAGCGUGAUGCUGUUCCAUCAAUUUUUUAUUGUCCUCUGCAUUUGGCAUCGAAAGGAAGAAAUAAAUUGCCACAGUUUGAAAUAAACACGGAAAACGUUUCGUCUGCAACGGACAAUGAAAUGUGUUCCACAAAUAAUCAGCCCCUAAAACAGAGAAGAAGGUCUAGAAAAGCUUGUAUGUGUGACUAUGAUAAGGAAGUUGCUAAAGAUGGUCUUGAAAGUACCAUAAAGCAGAAACUUGUACACAGACAAAAAUCUCGGCGUGAAGUGAAAAAAGGUUGUACCGCUCAAGCUUUGUUGUCGGAUUUGAAACAGAAGCAAAUAAUUACUGAAAGUAUUGGCGAAAUGUUAGAGGUUGAUCUGUGUCCUCACACAUUCAUUAUGAAUAUGAGACAGGAGCCAGAGGAUUAUGAGAAUGAGGUUGAUCUGUAUCCUCACACAUUCAUUAUGAAUAUCAAACAGGAGCCAAAGGAUUAUGAGAACAAGUUUAAAGAAGGUCCACCAAAAACUGCAGAAUGCAGUGUCCGUAUCAAGGAAGAUCCUGAGCUGGAUCUAGGUGUGGAUGUGAUUGAGAAUGGUGUUCUCAAAGAGCAUUUUCAAACAUCAGUGUGUAAUGACAACAUCAAGAAAGAGCCUGAAUUGACAUUUGAAGUGGCUGAAUUGGAGGAUAGUAUUGAUGCAUCUGCAGAACAUUUUGUUCCUGAGUAUUGUCCAUCAAGCAUUAAGAAGGAAGAGGAGUGUGAUUAUCUUCUGUUGUUGAUAGUCACAUAAAUACAAGCAACAGAUCAUUUUUAAAACUGGAUACAAAUGUAAGAAAAUUACCCCACUUACAAACUAUCCAUCAUUCCCUGUUUAGCUUUCACUCUGGGUGCAGUGUGUCCAUUACAAAUUCCAGACCAAUGUAUCUCCUUUACUCCUCAGUGCCAGUCUUCAAACUGGUUAGUAACCUAGUUAACUUCAGCUUUCAAAAGUAUAGCCUUUUAAGUAAAAAAAAAAGAGAGGUUGUUAUCAUGUUUACUUAAUAGUCAAGUGUUACAAUGUUCACAUUAUAUUUUUCCUUGAGUCAGACAAGAUUGUGAUGACAGCUAGCACUGAGAAAUGACAAAACUUGAAGUUCAUGUCGGCAACCUUCAGCAGCAGCAGAAGCGGGGAAAGGUGUAGCAGUGACAUAUAUUUGGCUACACUGGAACAGUGCAGAUUAUUGCAGUAAGUGCGUCGUACCAAAACAGUUGAGAGUGUGGUGGGAGUUUUGGUGCUCCAGUGAGAUGUAGCUCUGUGGUCCAAGUCUGCUAUGACACAAAGUGACAACAGAAAUUUGGAAUUUUAGGCACACUGCUUCAGCUUCAAGGGGCAUGUACGGCCCGUACGUACCACUGAGGACACAGACGCUGUCCAAGCUGCCAUCAAAAGUAGUCUUAAUUAUUUGAUGUCUUGCCAUCACACCUCAGUCAUCAUAGCAUUCGAGUACUACUAAAUCAGCUUGUUUCAUCUCUGCAAUCCUAAUAGUGUAUGAGAGUCACACUGAAAUCUGUAAGCAACCCAUUGUUACAAUUCUAAUUCAAACAAUGUAAUAAAAAAAACUGCAGGAUUGUAA